UCUCUCCUGUACUGUUCUAGGAUGACACUGCCUAUCUGUGCUGUUACAAUGGCAACCCAGUUUCAGUGGAGUAAGACAGAGUCAGGGAUGGCGUUGGCUAGUUUUUUCUGGGGUUAUUGCUUCACACAGAUUCUGGGAGGACAUGCCAGUGACAGUUGUCUCCUUCACCAGAAUUGGAGGAGAGAGUGUCCUGCUGCUUUCCACAACUGUCUGGGCUAUCAUCACAGCCGUCACCCCUUUAUUGACUAAAUUUGACUGGAACCCCCUUGCUUCCAUGAUGAUAGCCAGGUUCCUCAUGGGGUUAUCACAGGGCGUACACUACCCAUCUUUGGCCAGCCUUUGCUCUCAACGCGUUGUUGAAGGGAAGAAAGGCUUACUGAUGAGUACAAUGGGCAGUGGUUCUUAUCUAGGAACAAUGAUGUCUGGAAGCCUGGGAUCCCUGAUGUUGGAACACUAUGGCUGGGAAAGUGUUUUCUAUGGCACUGGUCUACUAGCUGGACUGUGGUCUUUAGCUGUGUGGAGGUAUUUACUUAAAGGAGAGGUUAUUUCAGUGCUGGGACUGUCGAAUCAUGCUAGUUCCAGUUCGAGUCUCUCAAACCUACGGUGGCUAAGCCUGCUCAAACAGCCAUCUGUGUGUGCCAUGGUUACCACUCAUAUGUGCUACUGCAGUGCUUUUUACACACUUAUAUCAUGGUUACCGACCUACUUCAAAGAUACGUUUCCUCACGCCAAGGGAUGGGUGUAUAAUGUCAUUCCAUGGUUUGUUUCCAUUCCAUCUGCACAAUUUGGAGGCUGGCUUUCAGACUUUCUUAUAAUGCAAGGAUAUGGCACAGCAGCUGUUAGGAAAAUGAUGCAGUUCAUUUCCAUGGGAGUGUCCAGUGUGUUCAUCCUGAUCCUCUGCAUACCAGUCAAAUUUCCCUCUGCUGUCACCCUUAUUUCUGUUGCUAUGGGCUUGGCAACUUUUAACAGCAGUGGAGUAGUAGUGAAUGUUCAAGACCUUGCCCCAUCAUGUGCUGGAGCUCUAUUUGGAUUUAUGAAUAUGUGUGGGGCAUUCACAGGACUGAUUCUGGUCUAUUUAUCUGGCUACUUGAUUGAGGUCACCACAUCCUGGGUGCCAGUGUUCUCAAUCAUCACACUGGUGAAUGUUGUGGGCAUAGCGGUUUUCCUCAUGUUUGGAGAUGCCCAGCGUGUGGACUUGGAAAAAACUAGAAGGAUCACACAUAUCUGACCUACUAAAAGUGUAUUUACAUUAUCUUCCAACUAUUUAUUGUGAUUGCUAUGUGAUAACUAUGUGAUUUUAGUUUGUGUUUUUUUACUAGGGUUUAAUUUAAAAAAAAUCAUAUUCACAAUAGCAGCUUCAUACAGACAGAGAUAGUGAUUAAAAUAAGAUGGAGGACAGAACAAAACACACAAAUGACACAGGCGACAGUAAACAAACAUUAGGCAAGUACAACACCAACAGACUGUGGACACUGUGCACCAUAAGAAAAACACAAACAUGAGGAGAGAACCCACAACACAUGCUGUAUAACAGACCACACUUUACUGUAGCAACACAACAUGGCUCCAAUGUGCAGGGAAAGACAAUAUGAUGACUAAAAUUACUGUAUGUGGAUUUAUUUAGUGCAUUGUAGGCCGACAGCCUGUGUCUUUUUUUGGAAAUAGGGAAUUAAAAAUAGCCUAUGUAAAGUUAUGAACAAUUCACCUUUCAAUGGUACUCAAAACAGGUGAUCAGCAAGUUAUUAUAUUGUUUUCAUGUGUAAAAAAUACAAUAAACUACAAAAGUUGUUUGUAAAGCAUUUACAAGAUAUGUGCAAACUGUUCACUCAUCAAAGCAAAGGAUGUUUGCAUGUGUUUAGUUUGCAUAUUUUAGUGGCUAGCCAAGGUUUUUGUGUCCAAACAGAGGUUGUAGACCUACAGACAAAAUGUUUGUAGGCCUAAAUAUAAUUUCAUAUGAAGAUACAAAUCCAAAGAAAGAAAUCUGUGAAAAAUGCCUGAAAGAACAUCUUGAGAUCAAUAGAGUAAACUGAAUUAAAUACAAAUUAAAUGAAUAGCCUAAACGCUGAGUCCAGUUUUGUACUUGUGUGAAUGGAGGACAUACUCUAAAAUGACACGGCAGUAUAGUUUUAAACCUUUUGAAACUGUUUAUUUUUUUUUAAUACUUUCUUUCAGAUUACACAUACAGAACAGAAAUUACAAGGGGGGUGCAUGGGCAGGGCUGGAAAUGCAUUUCUGUGCAGGGCUGUUUGGCCUUGCCAGGAAAUGCACCCCCUGCUAACUUUGACUAGGAAAGUGCCAGAUGCCUGAAACCUACUGUUGUUACUCAUAGUAGUCCCCUCAAUAUACAGUAAGAAUCAUUUGAUUCUAGGAUAUACAGAUCAGAAAUUCAGGGGGGGGGGGGGGAUGCAUUUCAAGGCAGGCCUUGUUUUCAAUUUGAUGUAAAUGCAAUUCACCCCCUGCUAACUCUGUUAUAUUCCGACUACAGUUAUCAAAAUAUGUGACUUCUUGUUUCCAGGUUCAGAUCUUAACAAGACAGGUGAUCUUCUUCAGGUUAUACAUGGCAAGGCAAGAUAAGUCACCUGAGAUGGUUUGGUUGGUGUGUCAGCCAUGUUCAGCCAUGUAAUAGGGAGGUGAGGUCACAUAUUCUGACGACAGCCAUCAGGUCCAGAUGUGCAAAAAAGUUUGUAAGAAAAAGUUUCCAAACUUUUUUCGAAAAUAUUUUUUAUGCAUAUGCUAUAUUUUUCUCCUGAAUGAUCUUCAGAUGUAAGCUAUUGGUUUUAUGACCUGUGAGUUCCAGAUAAAAUAUCACGAAAA